CCCUCCGCCCUGCCGCCGCCGCCGCCGCCGCCGGGCCGGGCCGCCGCGGGGUGGACCCGGAUGAGGCGGCGGCCGGCAGCCGGUAACCUCGGGCCGUUAAACGCGAGGCCGUGAGGGGAGGGAGGCGAGCUGGGGGCGAGGAUGCUGCCGCUGUACACCAUCUUGCUCUCGGCUCUGGCCGGCUGUUUCCUCACGCUGCUAUUACAGCUGCUGCUCCUUUAUAGGAAAACCCCGGAGCCUCCCGGUGGGACCGGAGCUGACGACGGCCUCGUCUAUGCUCGUGUCGCGGUUGGCCGCAGUCUGAAGGACUAUCUGCAUGGCACCGAGCCCGCGGGCAGCCAGGCCGCACCGGAGCCGGCCCCGGCCUUGGCCUCGGCCCCUGCCCCCUCAGCGGGCCCGGAGCCCGGCACCAAGCAGACCCAGCAGCCGGAGCCCGGCCCGGAGCCUUCAUCCAGCGAGGAGACGUGCCAUUUCCUCAACGCCAUCUUCCUCUUCCUCUUCAGGGAGCUCCGGGAUACGGCCCUGGUGAGGAACUGGGUGAUCAAAAAGAUCAAAGUGGAGUUCGAGGAGCUGCUGCAGACCAAGAUGACGGGGAAGGUGUUGGAAGGGUUGAGCCUCCGGGAGGUGUAUCUGGGCAACGUCCUGCCCGUCUUUAAGGCUGUCCGGCUCAUCCGGCCCGUGGUGUUCAGUGAGGAGGGCUGCCCCGAUGAGCUGAGCUUCGAGGUGGACCUGGAAUACAAUGGCGGUUUCCACCUGGCCAUCGAUGCAGACCUGGUCUUUGGCAAGUCAGCCUACCUCUUUGUCAAGCUGUCCCAGGUGAUGGGCAAAUUGAAGCUGGUCUUCACGCGCCUGCCCUUCACGCACUGGUACUUCUCCUUCAUGGAUGACCCCGUUGUUGUCUUCGAAGUCAAGUCGCAGUUUGAAGGGAGGCCCAUGCCUCAGCUCACUUCCAUCAUUGUCAAUCAAUUCAAGAAGGUUAUCAAGCGCAAACACACCCUGCCCAAUUACAAAAUCAGGUACAAGCCUUUCUUUCCAUUUCAAGUAUCAUCACCUGAUGAGUACGAAGAUCGAGACCUCUGUAUACAGGAUUUACCUCUGACAGAAGGUCGACUAAAAGUCACGUUAAUUGAAUGUACAAGGUUAUUUAUAUUUGGAUCCUAUGAGAAGGAAACAAACGUUCAUUGCACAAUGGAGCUGAGCAGUAGUGUUUGGGAAGAGAAAUCAAGGAGUUCUAUUAAAACGGCAGAGCUAGUGAAAGGGAAUCUUCAGAGUGUUGGCCUCACGCUCCGCCUUGUGCAGUCCAAGGAAGAUGAUGCAGGGCAUGUUGUUAUUGAAACAGUUACGCCAAACUCACCUGCAGCUGCUGCUGAUCUACAGAGGGGUGACAGACUUCUAGCCAUUGGCAGUGUUAAAAUCACGUCAACUGUCCAAGUGUUGAAGCUUAUUAGGCAGGCUGGGGACAAAGUCUUAGUCUUUUAUGAAAGGCCUGUUGGAUAUAAUCAGCAUGGUUCAGCGAUACAGGAUGGAUUUGGACAAUUGGAAGACACUGCUUUCUUAACACAGCAAGAAGAUGACCAAGUUGGUGUAUCAGCUGAUGUUGACACCAGAGAUUUUGAGGAAUUCGAGGACUUAGCAUGUGAAUCACCUGAUCAAAAAGAAGAUAUGCCAACAACUCAAAGUCCCAAACGUUCAGUAGUGAUACUUGCUACUAAACCACUUGGAACCAUAUCUCCAAUUCUGAAUCGAAAACUGCAUUUAGGAAAUUAUCAGACAACAUCUAAAACGCAACAAAAAGAUGGAGCCAAACUGGCAACUCCUAAAAUCUCUGAUAGUUCAGAUACACCACAGCUAUCGGGUAAGCAGACACAAGGUUCUGGUGCUAAGCCUCCUGUACCACCUAGACCACAAAUCAGGCCUGCUUUGCCUACUAAUGAAACUCAAAAUCUGAUGGAAACUGGGGGUGUAUCUUCUGAAAAGACAGAGAGGCCACCUCCAUCUUCAGGUAACGGAGAUAAAUGUACAGAGAAAGUGAUAAAGAAUAAUGAUCAAACAGAAGACCCAACGUCAUCUAAAGCAGCAACAAUACCAAAACAAGAUGUAUUAAAAGAUGGAAUUUCAGACAAUGCACGUGGUCACAAAGAUGGUGGAGAUGACCAUCGAACUUGGGAAUCACCAGAAAUUCCUUAUCGAGUCCGACAUGGUCGAUGGCCAAAGUCGAGAACAUCCUCUUGCCUAUUUGAAGUAGAAGAAUCCCAUAAGUACCUUAAUGUUGCACUGUGGUGCAGAGACCCUUUCAAAGCAGGUGGAUUUAUCUGCUUGGGAUAUGCAAGCAUAAAACUUGAAGAAAUUGCUUUAGACUGUAUAGCUACAUCAUCAAUGGAAUAUGUUAGUACAUUUAAAUUGAGUGCUCCCACACCUAAAGCAUCAGUCACUAGAACAGCAUUGCGGAAUUUGACAACCCACAAGGGAUUCAAUGAAAAGUUCUGUUAUGGUGACAUAGUUUUACAGUUUAAAUAUUUUAAAGAAGGUGAAGCAGAUGAUUCAAAUCUGUUGGAGAAAGAAAAGGAAUGCCAUUUGGAAGAAGAAGUUAAUGUAAUUCAGAAAGAGGUUCCUUACUUGGGACAAAUGGUUCUUACUGAGAACAAGCAUAACUUUCAAGAUACUCAGUUUCAGAAUCCAACCUGGUGUGAUUACUGCAAAAAAAAGGUGUGGACUAAAGCAGCUUCACAGUGUAUGCUCUGUGCUUAUGUUUGCCAUAAAAAAUGUCAAGAAAAAUGUCUAGCUGAAACACCCUUCUGUGUAGGAGCUGAAAAGCGACAUGAUCGAACUGCAGGAGGUUGUAGAACAGAAGGACAGGAAACUUCUCAAGCUGCAUCCGUUCGUGUUGAUUCAGAGUCUAAAUCCAUUAACAGGACUGCAGGUUUGACCAGGCAUAUCAUCAAUACAAGCACUCGUUUAUUAAACCUCCGUCAAGUCCCCAAAGCUCGCCUUUCUGAGCAGGGAACAGAGAUUGUAGAGCCUUCACCAAAGCACACACCAAACACUUCUGAUAAUGAAAGUAGUGAUACUGAAAUUAGCGGUCCAAGUAGUCCUUCAAAACGUGGGAUAAAACUGGUCAGAAAGGAGGGUGGUCUAGAUGACAGCGUCUUCAUCGCAGUUAAAGAAAUUGGGCGUGAUCUCUAUAGAAGUCUGCCCACAGAGGAGCGUUUUCAGAAAUUAGAGUUUAUGUUGGAUAAGUUGCAGAACGAAAUAGACCAGGAGCUGGAAAAUAACAAUUCGCUUGUUAAAGAAGAAAAAGAGGCAACUGAUGCAAGGAAAAAAGCGUUGAUUUCUGCUGCGCUGGUUAAAUCAGGUGAGAGACUGCAAGCCCUUACGCUGCUGAUGAUCCACUACAGAGCAGGAAUUGAAGAUAUAGAGUCUUUGGAGUGCAUGUCCUCAGACCGGCAGUCUAAAAGAGUGACUAAAGAUUCAGAGGAAGCCGGUGUAGCAGAAGAAGUGGAUAAUGAAGAUAUUGGUCUGACAGAGGCUCCGACAUUAAACAUCAUAUCAGAUGAAUCAGUUGAUCCAUCACAGUCAGUAGGCUGAUAUUCACUUAUUUAGCCUUUGAAGGACCGGACUUAAACAAAUGCGUUGCACUUAAUUACAAACAUACGGAAUGAAUUAAAACGCUGGUAUGACACACCUGCUUCUCCACAGUUAUUUGCCUAUGUAAGAAUACAGCUGAUAACGGUUCUUCUCCAGCUACAGCACCAUCAUUUUAUUAAACUAGCUGGUUGAAACUGCA